UGGGCCCAAGUUGUAAUAGGUUGAAACAUAGCUUAAAAAAUCCGUUAUUUUUUUCUACUAAAUCAUUGAAAAAAUCAGCUCAAUUCACAAUCUGGAAGAUGAGAAAUGUAAAAAAUAAGAUAAGAUCAAAAAUAAAAUAGGUUAUCGAUAAUUUUAAUCGAUUUGCAAUCUUUUUUUUAUAAAAAUAUAAAAGAGGCUAAUGGGAAUAUAAAUAUUCUAACAAUAUUAAAAACUAUUUAGUCCAAUUUAAUUAAUGUAAGUACUUUGAAUCAAAAGAUCUAUGUAAUAAAUAGAAAUCUAAAAAUCGAUUAUCAUUUACAAAAUCGAUUCACGAGUUAAUUACUGCUCUAUUUUUAUCUAUGUUGACAGUGACAUGACACUGACAGUUCCCGAACGACCAUUCGUAAAGAGAUCACUUGUUUCGUAUCGUGUUUACUGCGUAUGCGUUUUGAGUGUGCUUUCCAUUGUUUUCAUAUAAUAUUCUUCGACCACUGCUUUUUUACGGACUUCUGAUCUUGCCUAACAUAAACGACCCUUGCUAUCACACCGGACACGAAUUUUGUUUACACGUUUGACUUUGGCUCGUUAUUUUGGAUUAUUGGCCGGCUUAUCGAUUGGAAAUCACCAUCAUGAAUCUUUGUGUGAACUGUGGCAUAGCAACUACUAGUUGUAAUACCACAGGCCGACGAGCCUUGAAUGACGAAAUGAUUCUCUCAGUGAUUCGUCGAUGGCGUACACCACAGCCUGUGAACAACAGUGAUUAUAUUUGCCAAGCUUGCUGGAACUUGGCUCAAACAUCAGCUAUUGAUCAACCAAGACAACUUGGCCACCGUAAUGUUUGCCUCCGCUGUGGUCGCUCUCUUGCAUCUCGAGUCACUCAUCUGCUUCACACAGGCUCAUCUCGUGAAAUAAGAAUUUAUAAUGCUAUAGAAGAGUGGAUUAUGCCUCGAACUAUAGAACAAGGAAGCCACAUAUGUCAUAAUUGUUGGGUGGCUGCAGACAGAGCUGCUGUCCAUAUGGUCUCAGGCCCAUCAACUUCUUCCCAAGGAAGCUCCCAUGAAGAAAUACAGAUACCUGCACAAGUUCUAACUGAGCCUCCUGCUAGCCAGCCUGAAGAAGAUAGAAACAACCAACCAGAACCUACUAUCGUAUUACCAGGAUAUAUGAGAGCUGUUGAAACAGAACGUUGGUGCUUUAUUCAAGGGUGCCAGAGAACAGAGAGGUAUAGAGUUCCUCUUUUUACUAGAAAAAUGUUGCUCAAUCGUUAUAAGUAUUAUGUUCCUGAGAAUAAUCGUCUAUGUGAUAUUCAUUUAGUUAUUGAAGGCUGGGAUUUUCUAGAAAGUUUAAGAUCUAAUUGUGUACAGAAUUUUACUGCAAAGCACAUCCAGGAUAUGAUGUCCCUAAAAGACGUUAUUGAUUGUGGAUUACUUCAUUUUGACAGCAUUGAUACCAUGGGAGAACAUGUUGUACAUACAUGGGUUGGGUUAAACAAAACACAGUUCAACCAAAUGUUCCAUGAAGUGCCUCAGUUAUUAGAAAUACCAAAAGCUUCCCUAGCUUUAGCAGCAUAUCUAAUGAAACUUAGAACUGGGGAUAGUGAUGAACGGUUAUCAAUUUUAUUAAAAGUUUCCCGGAGAACACUGGAAAACUGGAUACAUAAAGUGAGAGACCUACUCACGGAAUAUUUUGUUCCUAGAUUUCUAGGCUUAAAUCAUAUAAAUAGACAACAGAUAAUAGACAGAAAUCUCACAAUACCAAAAGCAUUGUUUGGUAACUUUGAGGGCAUUGACAGGCCUAUUGUCAUUUUUGAUGGGACAUACUCUUAUAUUGAAAAAAGUUCAAAUUAUCUCUAUCAAAAAAAAACUUAUAGCCUUCAUAAAUAUAGAAAUCUGGUAAAACCGUUUUUAAUUGUAUCUACUGAUGGACAUAUAAUAGAUGUUCUGGGCCCCUAUCCUGCAACUACUUCCGACUCGGAUAUAAUGAAAAGAGAAUUUUCAAAUGAAACUCUGUUAAAGGAAUAUUUUAUUCAAGGCGAUGCCUUUAUAUUGGACAGGGGCUUCCGUGAUUCGUUACCCCUGUUGCAUCAACAUGGAUAUAGAACUUAUGUGCCUGCAUCUUUAGAGGAGGGUGAAACACAACUUUCAACCAUUGAAGCAAAUAAGUCGAGAGCAGUCACCAUAUGCCGUUGGGUUGUAGAAGUAGUCAACGGUAGAUUUAAACGAGAUUUCAAGUUAUUUCGCCAAAAUUAUUUUAAUGUGGCUAGUAAAAAUUUUAUUAAAGAUUUUAAGGUGGCUGCUGCUUUAUUAAACAGUUUUCACCCUCCUAUAGUCGAUCGUGUAGAUGCUGGGGAAAUAUUAGAUCAGAUAAAUUUGAAUAUGAAUAUUGAAAAUGCCUUAGCAGAAGUAAUUAUAAAUGAGAACUAUAAUAGGCGUAGGUCGAAUUUCGAAACCAUUACUGUGCAUAACGAUAAUUUAAAUGAUUUUCCCCAGCUAACCCACAGUGAAUUAAUUCUCAUAUCAUUAGGUAUUUAUCAAAUUAAGCAGGCACGUUCAUAUUAUGGAGAGCAUGUAAGGGGUAACGAUGGUUAUUCAAUAGAAGUGUGCAGGGAGGUCAGCAGUAGCCUACUUCAAGAGCUGUCAGCUUCAAAUAGGUCAUGGCUACUUCGGGGACGCAUACAGUCUAGACAUAUAAGUCGAAAAACUUAUUUUGUUUAUAUUUUAGUUGACAGCUCUCUUAGAGGUAGAGAAGCAAUAUUGAAUUAUUAUUGCAAUUGCAUUGUAGGCAAAAGGACUGUAGGCUGCUGCGCACAUGUUAUGUCAAUAAUAUGGUACCUUAGUUGGGCUAGGUACCAAGAAAAUAUAGUACCCCCUGCACAAUUCUUAGAUGAUAUAUUAAUUAUAAUUGAAGACGAAUAAAAAUCAACUAAAUAAAGUGUUUUAUUUUAUCACUCUUUACCCUUGAUCCUUACUAACCUUACCCUCAUUAUUAUCAACCCAUAUUCGGCUCACUGCUGAGUUCGAGUUCCUCUCAGAAUGAGAGGGGUUAGGCCAAUAGUCCACCACGCUGGCCCAAUGCGGAUUGGCAGACUUCACACACGCAGAGAAUUAAGAAAAUUCUCUGGAAUACAGGUUUCCUCACGAUGUUUCUCCGUCACCGUUUGAGACCUUACCCUACUCACCAUGAUCUCAUCGGUCAUUUGAAUUCUAUCUUAUCAUUCAUACCAUUUGAAAAGUAAAUUAACAAUGAUCUUAGUUUAAUAAUAAAAUCUCACACUUGAAAAAUUAGCUAUUCGUUAUGUAAUAUCAGCUGUUAUCUUAAAUAACCUCACUUUUACUAAAUCUCAUAUAUCUCUAAUUCCAGAUUGACAAAUUCUAUAAUAUUUUCAGUGAAACUUUAAUAAUAUCUAAGCUAUCCAUUGACACUAAUUUCAUUCUUUUACAUUCGUGGCCCAAAUUGUAUGAAAGAGUUUCAAUCUCCUUUUAUCAUCCAUCGCGGACUUAGGACUUAGGUCGUCCGCAAUAUACUGAACCAGGCCUAAGUGUUGUGGGAAUUCCGGGAAAUAAUAUACACAUCAUUAUACCCACAACUCUGGCAAGCCGCAAAUGCACAGUAAUA